CAACUUUACGUGGCAAACUGUCAAAUGCAACCAAUAAGCAGCAGCAGCAGAAAAAAAAAUCGAAUUAGCGAACUGACGUGGAAGUUCGUUUUUGCUUGGAAUUUGUGUUAGGAACUACGUUACCUCUUGGAAAGUAGAAAUUUAUUGCACAAAACCAGCCAGCGAACGUAACGAGACACGAUUAUCGUCGCUACAGCGCCUGGCAUCGUUUGAAGUCAUUAGAACGUGAACGGGAACGCGAACUUUGAGCUGCAAUUUUGAGCUGUGUUGUGUGAAAGUUGUUGCUACCUUUUUAUGUGCUCAUAUUGAGACGCGGAUAGAGCGAUGAAUCCCAAUAUGUAUGGCCCACCGCCAACGCAAUUCCAGCAGCAGCAGCCACAAUAUGCAGCAGCGCCACCUGUCAAUGGACCGCAGACGGGUUGGCCACAACAACAACAGCAGCCAGCACAGCAACAACAGCCGCCGCCGCAGCAGCAGCAACAACAACAACCGCCGCAGCAGCACCAACAACAACCGCAGCAGCAACCACCACAACAGCAACAAUAUGGCGCUCCAACAACGUCCGCUCAGCAGCCUUUUGUCAAUGGCAACUAUCAGCAGCUGGCCACGUCGAUGAGCGGCCUGAGUGUGAGCGGCAAUCCCUUGAAGCCCGCACAGCCGCCGCUGGCGAUGUCUUCGGCUGGAGUUGGAGCUGCUCCUGCUGCUGUUGCUCCACCGACGCCGUACAAUCAAUUUAAUGCAACUAGUAACGCCAACUUCAACAACAACAACAACGCCUAUGCAAAUGGCUCAAUGGCUCCGCCAGCAACGCUGCCACCACCCUCCUCGCUGUAUCCGCCCACAUCGACCCCAGGACCAGCCACAUCGGCUCCUGGACCAGUGCCGCAGAGUGUGCCCAGCGGCAUUAACAAGAUGACGAUGAACAGCGCUAGUUUGGCGGGCUUGCCGCAUAUGCCACCACCAAAAUCGGCGACACCUGGCCAACCGUUGCCACAAACAUCCAACGUAGCCGCUGCGCAGCUGCCACCAGCUGGGCCAGGAGCAGCACCAGUACAGCCGACGUCAUUAGCUCAGCAGCCGCCUGCAGUCUCAGCUGCUCCGCCCACAUUUGCGCAGCCUGGAAUGCCGCCUCAGCCGACUGCAGCUGGUGGACCAACUGGUAUGCCUUAUGGUGUGCCGCCGCCUGUCAACUUUCCGGGCGUCUACGCCACCAAUCAGCAAGCUCCGGCACCGGCUCCGGUUGGGUUUCCCGGCGCGCCACCCUCGCAGGCUCAACCAUUUGGUGCAGCUCCGCCGCCAACAGCCGGCUUUCCACAGCCUGGACAGCAGCAGGCGCAGCCACCGCAGCCUGGUUAUCCACCUCAACCUAUGCCCGGCUAUCCACCACAGCCUGGACAGGCGCCGCAGCAACAACCCAUGCCCGGCUAUCCACCACAGCCUGGACAGAAGCCGCCCAUGCCCGCUUAUCCACCACAGCCUGGACAGCAGCAGCAGCAGCCCAUGCCUGGCUAUCCGCCUCAGCCGGGACAGCAGCCUCCCAUGCCCGGCUAUCCGCCACAGCCUGGACAGCAGCAGCCUAUGCCCGGCUAUCCACCACAACCUGGACAGCACAUGCCGGGUUAUCCGCCUCAGCCUGGCAGCUAUCCAGGACAACCAGGACCCGGUCGUCCUGGCUUCAACCAACCACCAAUGCCAGGUGCUGCCAAUAUGUAUCAGCAGGCACCGCCGCGUCGCCUCGAUCCCGACCAGAUGCCAAAUCCCAUACAGGUAAUGAUUGAGAAUCAGCAAACGGCCGGCGGUGCCUUUGUGACCAAUCAGGCUGGCCUGUUGCCACCACUGGUCACCACCAAGUUUGUGGUCCACGAUCAGGGCAACUCCUCGCCGCGCUUCAUACGCUCUUCGCUCUACUGCAUACCCAACACGGGUGAUCUGCUGAAGACGACAGCGCUGCCUCUAUCGCUCAACAUUUCACCGCUGGCGCGCAUCGGCCAGGGCGAAAUGGAGCCGCCAAUUGUCAAUUUCGGUGACAUGGGUCCCAUACGCUGCAAUCGCUGCAAGGCCUACAUGUCGCCCAAUAUGCAGUUCGUGGAUGCUGGCCGGCGAUUCCAGUGUCUCAUGUGCAAGGUCACAACGGAAGUGCAUCCUGACUACUAUCAGCAUUUGGAUCACACCGGGCAGCGUGUGGAUAAGCACGAGCGACCAGAAUUGCUGCUGGGCACUUAUGAGUUUCUCGCCACGAAGGAUUACUGUCGCAACAAUACGACGCCAGAGGUGCCAGCGUUCAUUUUUAUCAUAGACGUCUCGUACAACACAAUUAAGUCGGGCCUGGUGCAUUUGCUGUGCUCGCAGAUUAAGCAUAUACUCAAGCAUCUGCCAGUGGAUCAGGGCCAGGACAAGUCGAAGGUGCGCGUCGGCUUCAUAACCUACAACAGCACCGUGCACUUCUACAACAUUAAGAGCAGCUUGGCACAGCCACAGAUGAUGGUUGUGGGUGAUGUGCAGGAGAUGUUUAUGCCGCUGCUCGAUGGUUUCCUUUGCCAUCCCGAGGAAUCGGCGGCGGUGAUCGAUGCGCUCAUGGAGGAAAUUCCUCGCAUGUUUGUUGACACCAAGGAGACAGAGACUAUACUCUAUCCAGCCAUACAGGCUGGCCUCGAGGCUCUCAAGGCCUCGAAUGCCUCAGGCAAGCUAUUGGUCUUCAACUCAACGUUGCCAAUCGCCGAGGCGCCUGGCAAGCUCAAGAAUCGCGAUGAUCGCAAGCUGCUCGGCACAGAUAAGGAGAAGACGGUUUUGACACCGCAAACGACAGCCUACAAUACACUUGGGCAGGAGUGUGUGCAGCAGGGCUGCUCCGUUGAUCUGUUCGUGUUCAAUAAUGCCUACAUUGACAUCGCCACAAUUGGCCAAGUGUCGCGUCUGACGGGCGGCGAGGUCUACAAGUAUACCUACUUCCAGGCGGAGCUCGAUGGCAAGCGUCUCAUCGAGGACAUCAUCAAGAACGUAUCGCGUCCAAUCGCCUUCGAUGCGGUGAUGCGUGUUCGCACCUCGGCGGGCAUACGACCCACUGAAUUCUUUGGGCAUUUCUUCAUGACCAACACCACAGAUGUGGAACUGGCCAGCAUUGAUGCUACCAAAUCGGUGAGCAUUGAGAUUAAGCAUGAUGAUAAGCUGCCGCCGGAGGAGAACAUCUAUAUACAGGUAGCCCUGCUUUACACCUCGUGCAGCGGGCAGCGACGAUUGCGCAUAUUGAAUCUGGCGCUGCGCGUGACUGUGACCAUAGCGGAUGUGUUCAAGUGCUGCGAUCUGGACGCUAUGAUGCUGUUCUUUGCAAAGCAGUCGUGCUUCAAGCUGAUGGAGCACUCACCCAAGCAGGUGAAAGACAAUCUCAUACAGCGAGCCGCUCAGAUUUUAGCCUGCUAUCGCAAGCACUGCACAUCGCCAACAUCAGCUGGCCAGCUGAUACUGCCCGAGUGCCUCAAGCUGUUGCCAUUGUACUCGUCCUGUCUGCUGAAGAACGACGCUGUCUCUGGCGGCUCCGAUAUGACUCUGGACGAUCGCUCCUAUGUAAUCCAAUUUGUGCUGGCCAUGGAUCUAAAUAUGUCCGUCAACUAUCUGUAUCCACGCUUCAUUCCCAUACACACCGUGGAGACUGAUGAGACGUCGUUGCCGACGCCAGUGCGCUGUACCCAUGAAAAGAUCACCGAGGAUGGCGCCUACAUUUUGGAGAACGGAGUGCAUCUCUUCGUUUGGCUGGGCCAAUCGCUUUCACCCACUUUUGUGCAGUCGGUGUUCGGUGUCCAAUGCACGCAGCAGGUGAAUGCCGAGCGUUUCGCAAUCACCGCGGAUACGCCACUCGCGCGUCGCAUUACGGAUAUUAUCGAUCAGAUUAUGAAGGAGCGUACGCGCUACAUGCGGGUCACCUGUGUGAGGCAGAACGAUAAGCUGGAGAGCGUGUUCCGGCACUUUCUCAUUGAGGAUCGCGGCACAGAUGGCUCGGCUAGCUAUGUGGAUUUCCUGUGCCACAUGCACAAGGAGAUCAAGGACCUGUUAAGUUAGCACGUAGGCAGCGCGUACAAACUGCCGACUGCCAUCAGCAUUGCGACUGAGGAGCGCUGGUCCAGGAGCUACUCACAGAAUCGGGCACGGAUGCGUCGCCUAUCGCUGAACAGUCGUCGUUUCAAAUGAGCGUGAUGGCAUCUAUUUAUAGCAUAAAGCGCAGUAAAACACUUCAAUUAUAUAUAUACAUAUAUACAUAUUUAGCGCUGCGACUUCAUUGCGAGGCGGUUAAAUCUUCCAUAAUUUUUUAAUUAAACUUUCCACAUAUUUUGCAUGUUCUCUUCGAUGUCAAUCUUUAGUAUUCGCUAUGCUUAUCUUGUGUGUGUAUGUAUGUAUUCCUGCGCUAUAAACAUUUGUUAAACGAGCAAACGCAAUUAGACAAAUACUUUAUUUCUGUUCAA